UUAUUAGUGAGAAGGAGAAAAAAAGAAAAAAAAACAAGUACUUUGAAGACUGACGCUGAAGCUCGCCUUUGGUUAGAGGCCUCUCUAAAAGGCCGCAGGACCUGGGCCCCUCCUGUGGCACCGAGAAACCUGCAGCCCCUUGAGAAUGUUCGAACGGUGAGAGAAUUAGAAACCCUGAAAAUCUCAAGCAUAAACAGUAAGUGCGGGGAUGGCUGCAGACUAAUUGCACAUUUCCUCGCAUACGGAAGUAGCUCCAUCUUCCAGCCCCUCUGCUUUCCUCCCCUCCUGACGGCGUUUGGGAAGACAGAUGCCCGGCUUGCAGCCACCACUGCCGUCCCCGGGGAGGGCGCCGAGGACGCGGACAGCGGCGCCGAGAGCAGGAGCGGCGGCGAGGACACCAGCGUCUGCGAGAAGUGCUGCGCCGAGUUCUUCAAGUGGACGGACUUCCUGGAGCACAAGAAGGCCUGCACCAAGAACCCGCCGGUGCUGAUCGUGCGCGAAGAUGGGCCGGCCCCGCCCUCCGAGGACUUUCCGGAACCUUCUCCGGCCAGCUCUCCCAGCGAGCAGACGGAGAGCGAGGCUGCCGAGGAGGCAGCCCCCGCGGAAGGGGAGGGCGGGGAGGUGAGGGCCCCCGAGAGGGAGGACGAGCCCAUGGAGGUGGGACCCUCCUCAGACAGAAGCUUCCAGAGCCCAGGCCCCUCGCACGCAGGGAAGCCGCCUCUACCUCAGAUCGCGGAACCGGCCCCCGCGGCCGCGUACAGCAUGCCAAACACCAACGUGACGCUGGAGACGCUGCUGAGCACCAAGGUGGCCGUGGCGCAGUUCUCCCAGAACGCGAGGGCUGCAGGCGCGGUGGGAUCCAGCGCUGGGGUGGCGGCGGUGGCCAUCCCCGUGAUCCUGGAGCAGCUGAUGGCC